AUGGGGACGCUGUGCAGACUGGGCGCGACAAGAAGAUUCCCAAUCCUCCACCGAACAGCAAGUCGACUGGAAGCUCUAGCCGCGGUGUGCAACUCGAACUUCGCAGCUAGAAUGCUACUGAAAUCGACCCAUGGACCGAUUUCGGAUCAAGAUGCCGCGGCCCUCUGGACACAAACCAUGCCCGAGCUUCCGCAGCCAUUGCAAUACUGGACUGUCGUGUUAUUCCUCCUCCUGUCGGAAGAGGAUCGCAUCGCGUUGCGGGACGCACUGCGAUUCACCGCAGGUUUAUACGCCUUCGAGAAAUCAGUCCUAGAGCUAGAGGAUGGACUUGAAAAAAAGGCUCUUCGUGCGGCUCACAGACACAAAUGGUUCACGAUAAUGUCGGGGGACCUUCAUGCAGAGGAAUACAACACGGAGGACGACACUGAAGAUGACACUGAAGACGACGUGGAACUAAAUACUUAG